UUUACAUUAAAAUGUUCUCACGUUUGUUCUCUACUCUCUUCAAUAAUUCUAUAUAAACAUCUUCCAUUACAGGUAGCUAUGAUAUAGCAGAAAUUAAGCUCAAGAAACGCAAAAAUGGCGUCUGGUUCACUCAAUACAUGCACAGUCCAGAAAUCUCGUGCCUUACUGAACCGGGUUCACAUUCUUUUCCAUUUUACUGCCAUUUUAACUCUACUUUAUUACAGAAUCUCAAACCUCUUUCAUGGCAAUGUUCCACUUGUUUCAUGGGCUGUUAUCACUAUUUCUGAGCUGAUUUUCACGUUCUUAUGGAUUCUAACGCAAGCUUUUCGGUGGCGGCCGGUGGUUAGGGCCGUGGAGAUGGAGAAUCUUCCCGAGGACGACAAGUUGCCUGGGGUGGAUGUGUUUAUUUGUACAACUGAGUCGAAUAAGGAGCCGGUGGUGGAGGUAAUGAAUACGGUUUUGUCAGCCAUGGCGCUGGAUUAUCCAUCGGACAAACUGGCUGUUUAUGUCUCCGACGACGGGAGAGCCCCCAUGACACUUUAUGCUAUAAAAGAGGCAUGUGAGUUUGCUAGGUCGUGGAUUCCUUUUUGUAGGAAUUAUGGGAUCAAGAAUAGAUGUCCCGAUGCGUAUUUUUCAAUGUCCGAUGAUUCUGAGCGACAUGUUUGGAGCGAUGAAUUCAAGGGAGAGGAACAAAAGAUCAAGUUAAACUAUGAAAAAUUCAAGAAAAAUGUAGACAAAGAUACCGAGGUCGAGGACUCCGACAGACCUGAUCGACCCGCAUAUGUUGAGGUGAUAUACGAUAAUAGUAAGAACGAAGGAUUAGAGGAUAAUCAAUCUAAGAUGCCUCUUCUUGUUUAUGUAUCCCGCGAGAGGAGGCCAUCACAUCCUCAUCACUUCAAAGCCGGAGCCCUCAAUGCUCUUCUCCGAGUUUCGGGAAUAAUAAGCAAUGCACCGUACACUCUAGUGUUAGAUUGUGACAUGUAUUGCAAUGAUCCUACUUCUGCUAAACAAGCAAUGUGCUUCCAUCUUGAUCCCAAAAUAUCAGGCUCACUUGCAUAUGCCCAGUUCCCUCAAGUUUUCUACAAUGUCAGUAAGAAUGACAUCUAUGAUGGCCAAGCAAGAUCUGCUUACAAGACUAGGUAUCAAGGUAUGGAUGGGAUAAGGGGCACGGUUUGCGCAGGCACGGGAUAUUAUCUGAAGAAAAAGGCCUUGUACUGUCGUCCUAGUCAUGAAGAUGAAUUCCUUAGUGAGGCAGAAAAGAACUUCGGCCGCUCUAGCCAGUUCAUUGAUUCAUUAAUGACACUAAAUGGAAAACCUGUCAAUAAAAGAGAAAAUCUGUCUGUCGCAAUUAUAGAAGAGGCCAGAUCCCUUGCCUCUUGCACAUACGAAGACAACACCGAAUGGGGGAAAGAAAUUGGUUACUCAUAUGACUGUAUGUUGGAGAGUACUUUCACCGGCUAUCUCUUGCACUGCAAGGGAUGGAAAUCGGUCUAUCUUUAUCCAAAAAGGCCAUGUUUUCUUGGUUGUGCAACCAUUGACAUGAAAGAUGCAAUGGUUCAACUCAUGAAUUGGUCUUCAGCACUGGUUGAAGCUGGUCUAUCGAGAUUCAGCCCCCUCACUUUUGGAAUGUCUCGGGUUUCCAUUCUUCAAAACCUCUGCUAUGGAUACUUCAUGUUUUCGCACUUUUUCUCUGUGCCCUGCUUUUUAUAUGGCAUAGUUCCUCAACUAUGCUUCCUGUAUGGAAUCCCUUUAUAUCCUAAGGUUACAAACCCCUGGUUUGCAGCAUUUGCUACUGUUUUCAUAUCAUCCCUUUGUCAACAUUUAUACGAAGUACUCUCGAGUGGUGGCUCAGUUAGUACAUGGUGGAAUGAACAGAGAAUUUGGAUGAUAAAAUCAGUAACAGCUUGCUUAUUUGGAUGCCUCGAUGUUUUCUUCAAAUGGUUAGGCAUAGCGAAAGCAAGUUUCAGAUCGAUUAACAAAUCCAUCGAUCAAGAGAAGCUCCAAAAAUACGAGAAGGGUAAAUUCAAUUUCAAAGGUGCAAAGAAUUUCAUGAUACCCUUAAUCCUGUUGGUUCUAUUGAAUUUGGUUUGCUUUAUUGGAGGUAUUAGAGGAUUGAUUCACAGAAGAAAUGUUGAAGAGAUGUUUGGACAAGGUUUUUUGUCCCUUUAUAUUUUUGUUCUAAGCCUGCCUAUACUAGAAGGAUUGAUACCAAAGCUCUCUAAUUGAAGGGAUGUGGCAAUUUCUAUUG